AUGGGGCACGGACGAGGGGCAUGGACAUGGGACCCCUCGAGGGUGGAGGCCAGGAGCCGUGAACUAAGCAGGAGCUAUGGGUUCAUCAAACAAGAUUCACCCUGUGGAGGUGGGAAGAGUCCCCGUGGAGCUGGCUUUCUGGGGCGGCUGCUGUGUGGCGGGAAGCAGGAGAAUCCCCUGGAGACGUAUAAAACAGUGCCCGUGUGGAAGAGAGAGCCAGUCCGGGUGCUGUCCCUCUUUGGGGACAUCAGGAGAGAGCUCGAGAGUCUGGGCUUCUUGGAGAGUGGUUCCACCCCGGGAGGACUGAAGCACUUGGACGAUGUCACGGAUGUUGUGCGGAGGGACGUGGAAGGAUGGGGUCCGUUCGACCUCGUGUACGGCUCCACACCCGCCCUUGGCCACGCCUGCGACCAUCCUCCGGCGUGGUACCUGUUCCAGUUCCACCGCGUCCUGCAGUACGCGAGGCCCAGGCCAGGCAGCCAGCAGCCCUUCUUCUGGAUGUUCGUAGACAAUCUGGUGCUGAGCCAAGAUGACCAGACCGUAGCCACUCGCUUCCUGGAGGUGCCUGUCGGACAGUGUUGGAUCGCGGCGUUGACAGGACAGCCCUGUCUGUGUUUGCCUGUCACAGAAAUGUGUCCAAGGCUUCCCUACACAGCUGGCUCCCAGGUCGGGGUUGAUGUAUUUCACUAUGCUAGGGAACUUUCCAGAAGUUUCCACUGAUUUCCGUGUUUUCGAGUAAUCUCAUCAAGAGGAGUUGUUGGUUUCCAUCAAACGUUCUUUUUUAAGUCUGUGGAGAUCGUUAGUUAUUUUCCUCUUUAGAUCUAUGAAAAGGAUAUGAUAUGCUGAUAGGGUUCCUAAUAAGGAAGCAACCCCAGGAUCUGGGGAAAAAUCCACUCAUUUGGGUGCAUGGUUCUUUUCAUGUCUUUCUGAAUUCUGGUGCACGACGUUUCCUUUGGGACAUGCGCUGUGAGCAGCUCGAAACAACUGCUCUGUUCCGUGCAGGUGUCCACGUGGAACCUGCUUUAUAAACCUACCUGAAAAAUGGAAUUUUCCCAUGAAACUGUGUGGAUAGGCUGUUGCGGCCAUUGUGCUAAAAUGGGGUAGCUCUGGGACGCCUG